UCUCCUCUGCUCUCGCUGGCGCUGGCGCCUGUGUGUGUUGCCGCCGCCGCCUGGGAUGCCAAGAUGGCGGCGGCGGUGUCGGUCUUCCCCGGCGUGCGGCUCCUGACCAUCGGCGACGCCAACGGCGAGAUCCAGCGGCACCAGGAGCAGCAGGCCCUCCGCCUCGAGGCCCGCACGGGGCCCGACGCCGCCUGCCUCGCCCUUUACAGCCAAGAUGAUGUUUGCGUAUUCAAGUGUUCUGUAUCAAAGGAGACAGAAUGCAGCCGAGUGGGCAAACAGUCCUUCAUUAUCACGCUGGGAUGUAAUAGUGUCCUUAUACAAUUUGCAACGCCAAGUGAUUUCUGCUCAUUUUAUAAUAUCUUGAAAAACUGCCGGGGCCACAACGUGGAGCAGUCAGUGUUCAGUGAGCGCACAGAAGAAUCCUCUGCUGUGCAGUACUUCCAGUUUUAUGGAUACUUGUCCCAGCAGCAAAAUAUGAUGCAGGAUUAUGUCAGAACAGGCACAUACCAGAGAGCGAUCCUGCAGAACCAUAGUGACUUUAAAGAUAAGAUUGUAUUAGAUGUUGGCUGUGGUUCUGGCAUCCUGUCAUUCUUUGCUGCCCAGGCUGGAGCAAGAAAAAUCUAUGCAGUGGAAGCCAGCACGAUGGCUCAACAUGCAGAGGUUUUAGUGAAAAGUAACAACCUCACUGAUCGGAUCGUGGUAAUUCCUGGGAAGGUAGAGGAAGUGUCACUUCCAGAACAGGUGGACAUUAUUAUUUCUGAGCCAAUGGGUUACAUGCUUUUCAAUGAACGUAUGCUGGAGAGUUACUUGCAUGCCAAGAAAUAUUUAAAACCUAGUGGAAAUAUGUUUCCAACAAUUGGAGAUGUCCACCUAGCACCAUUCACAGAUGAACAGCUUUACAUGGAACAGUUCACAAAAGCUAACUUUUGGUAUCAACCGUCCUUCCAUGGAGUAGAUUUGUCGGCACUUCGAGGAGCAGCAGUAGAUGAAUAUUUCAGGCAGCCUGUUGUGGAUACCUUUGAUAUUAGGAUUCUAAUGGCCAAAUCUGUUAAAUAUACAGUGAACUUCUUAGACGCCAAAGAAGCGGAUUUGCACAGGAUAGAAAUCCCGUUCAAAUUCCACAUGCUGCAUUCAGGUCUAGUCCAUGGAUUGGCUUUCUGGUUUGAUGUAGCCUUCAUUGGUUCAAUAAUGACCGUUUGGCUUUCGACUGCUCCCACAGAACCUCUUACUCACUGGUACCAGGUUCGGUGCCUCUUUCAAUCUCCACUUUUUGCUAAGGCUGGUGACACCCUCUCAGGGACAUGCCUGCUUAUUGCCAACAAGAGGCAGAGUUAUGACAUCAGUAUUGUUGCUCAAGUGGAUCAGACAGGCUCCAAGUCCAGCAACCUCCUUGACCUGAAAAACCCAUUUUUCAGGUACACAGGUACAACUCCGUCACCUCCACCAGGCUCACACUACACCUCUCCUUCAGAGAAUAUGUGGAAUGCAGGUGGCACCUAUAAUAUGAGUACAGGGAUGGCCGUUGGUGGAAUGCCCACAGCCUAUGAUCUCAGCAGUGUGAUUGCUGGUGGCACCAAUGUUGGCCACAACAACCUUAUUCCUCUAGCAGCCAACACUGGGAUUGUCAAUCACACCCAUUCCCGGAUGGGAUCCAUCAUGAGCACAGGAAUUGUCCAAGGCUCAUCUAGUGGUCAGAGUGGAGGAACAUCAAGCACUCACUACCCUGUCAACAGUCAGUUCACUAUGGGAGGGCCGGCCAUUUCCAUGGCAUCCCCCAUGUCCAUCACCACCAACACAAUGCAUUAUGGGAGCUAAGAGACUCCCAUGCCUGAACUGACAGCACCAGGAAACCAAAUGAAGAAAAGUUCCUCCUUCCCCAUCUGCCUGCUGCACCUCAACAGUCUGGCAAUCGCUUCUCUGGAUCUCUUCAACCUACCUGCCCCAAUUUGGCUUGCCAGAGAUGUUCCAGCCCUUGUACCAUAGAAGACCACCCCCAUUGGUUCUUUGAUAGCAGACUUGUAUACUUUUUUUUAUAGAAAUGUUGGAAAUUUCAACUUGCGCAACCAUGACUGAGUUCCUGCGCUCAUUGUGUCUUACAACCAAUCAUGUCGCUAAUGGUAUCACUCUCCAAUCUUCCAUGACUGAUCGGCAUUAGGCACAGGCUGUAGAGCAGAACUGCCACAGGGCUGCUAGCAUGCUCUGGGCAGACCAGCAACUGGAGCCAUCAUCCCUGCUCUCAGUGUUUUAAAAGGCACUGCAGCUGGCUGUAGAGUGGGCACAGGUGGGGAAAAUAAAUCCAGCAGCAAAUCCUUCAUGCCCGUGUUGAUUGCUCACCCACUCCAGCUUCUGGGCAUGUGAUUAUUUCUUUUCUAAGACUUAGGAGGUUCUGCUCUUAUUGUGAGGGGAAAAAGAAUGCCCAGUCCCUCCUGGCUGUUUGGAGAGCUCCAGCAUCUUGAAGUCUGGAGCCUUUGGAAGAACAUCUGAGACAAGACGGACUGUUGUGCCACAAGCAUCUUAUCAGCAGGUCUGAUGACUGACUGUCUUUUGGGAAAUCUUGAUGUAGCAUCAAAGGGUUGAAAAAUUUGAAACAUGAAUGUACCAAAAAAGAAAAAAGAAAAAAAAAGGUUGCUGGCUAAAAGUGAA